CCUGCAACUGUGCGGCGUAUGUCGACUUCGUCGUUAUAUUCCGAAAUACCGUCUACAGAGUGAAAUUACAUUGCACCUCUGUGAAAACAUGCGAUUGACCAGUACUGCCGGGUAAACAGAUAUCGAAUUAGUAAGUUUGAAGGUGAAAUUUGAACAGCCAAAGAGUUCAACAUGUUCUAUGCACACUUUGUUUUGGCCAAAAAGGGCCCUUUGGCCCGUAUUUGGUUGGCAGCUCACUGGGACAAAAAGUUAACUAAAGCUCAUGUUUUUGAAACCAACAUUGAAAAAUCUGUAGAUGGUAUUUUACAGCCAAAGGUGAAAAUGGCUCUGAGAACAUCUGGUCACUUGUUGCUGGGAGUUGUACGUAUCUACUCUCGCAAGGCAAAAUAUUUGUUAGCAGAUUGUAAUGAAGCAUUUGUCAAAAUCAAAAUGGCCUUUAGGCCAGGAAUGGUUGAUCUACCUGAAGAACACAGAGAAGCAGAAGUGAAUGCAAUUACAUUGCCUGAAGUAUUUCAUGAUUUUGAUUCAGCUAUGCCGGAAUUAAAAGAUGUAGAUAUUGAAGCACAAUUUAGUUUGAAUCAAUCAAGAGCUGAAGAAAUCACUAUGAGGGAAGAUUACGGUAGUUUAUCGUUAGUAACACAUGAUCAAGGUUUUGGUGAUAUGAGUUUUGAUGUAGAACCUCCAGAAUUACUUCGACAUGCUUCCAAUAUUGAUGCCCCUUUGGAUCAAAGGCAUAUGUUGUUUACUGAUGAUGGUGCUGGCAUUGAAGCUGCUUUGGAGCAAGAAAAAGAGGCUGUUGCUGGAACAUCUUCAGGAGCUCAACCCAUGGAUAUUGAUACUCCAAUCAGAGAUGAUGGCUUUGGUGGUCACUUAGGACAAGAUAUGAUCUCUGGUGGACUCUUUGAAGGCGGUCUCUUUGACGAAACACCAAUGGGUGAUGUACCUGUCCCAGAUGUAAGCUCAAUGGGUGAUCAGCAAGAUCCCAACGCAGCCGCUGUGGCAACUGCACCCGAUGAUUCGGACGAAGACAUGGGCGAUCACUUUGGUGGGCCAGCUUCGCCAAUGGGUGGCAUGAGUAGCGAUGGCUCGAGGCCCGCAUCUCCUGCUGGUGGUCUUGAUGCAGGGGGUGGACGAAUGAGUGUCGCAAGUCGACGUUUUGCCACUCCAGCACCACCAGCCAUAGCGGAUGAUCACAUGAUGGAUUGUCACGACGAGCAAAAUAUUCCUCAAGAUCAGUCGAGUUUGACACACGACGAAGAAGAGAGUUUCGCUUUGGCGCCGGUUGACGCAUCAGCUCUAAAAGGAUUCACCAAGGCCAAGCGAAAGAGAAAACUCAUUGUUGAUGAGGUGAAGAAUAUUUCCGGAGAGGAAAUGAAGGCACAAUUGUCAGACACGAGCGAUAUUGUAACGACACUAGAUCUUGCACCACCUACCAAAAGGUUGAUGCACUGGAAGGAAACCGGAGGAGUAGAAAAGCUGUUUGCUUUACCUGCCAGGCCCAUUCCUGCAAGAAUUUUGUUCAAGAACUACCAACGACAUUUGACCAGCAAGACCUAUGAUCACGACGACUUCGGAAGAUUAGGUGGCGGGGAGGAUGAUAUGCCUCUUGAGCAAAUGAGGGACGAACACAGGGAAGCUGAAGCUGUAUUUGAACAGAGUGGUAUUCAAACGAGGCGAUCUACGCGCAAACGCAAGGCACCUGCCGAUGAAGAGCCAUCAUCGCCGUUGCAACCAGAUAUAACACAUACGUCGGCUAUAUCAGAACCAGUGGACCAAAGCGUAAACGCGCAACUUCCUCCAGUGGUAUCACCGGUUCAGGUGCCAGUCCAGGAACCGGUGGUUCCCGACAUUAGUAGCAUCAUGUCCGGUGUCGAUCAGUCGACAAUGAUGAAUGCUGGCGCUGCACCUGUAGAGAAUCCACUUCUCAGUAUGGAAAUGCCACAGAUACCAGCCAACGAAGUCAGCUCGUUACUUGGGACAGAUCACCACGAACCUCUGCCACCUACCGAUGGUAUGCCGCAGAUGGAAAACAUGGGAUAUGAUCAGAAUGCACCUCCUUAUAUCGGAUACGAUGAUCAGCAUCCACAAGCUCACACACCUGGUGGAAUUUCGGACAGAGGAGGACCACAUACACCGUGGAAUCAAGAAGAUUACGAAUUUCCACCUUCUGUCGGACCGCAAGAGGAACAACAAGUAGAUGAAACUUAUGAACAAUUUGAAGAGCGUGUACUGAACAAACGUGCAGCGCACAUGUAUCAUGCUAUUAAGAGUAAAUUUGAUAACAGGGAUACUUUGACUCUUUCUGAAAUGACGCACAAAAACAGUCGCAAACAGGCGGCUCAGAAAUUUUACACACUGCUAGUUUUAAAGAAAUUUCAAGUGCUGGAAAUCAAUCAAGAAUAUUCCUACGCUGAUAUAUUCGUUACCAAAGGUCCAAAGUUCGAAAAUCCAGCGCUUUAAAUUCAUUAUUCUUUAAUUUUAGUUUGCAAAUUUUUAACUUAAAAUACAGUAGGUAUAUAUUGGCAUAACUUUCCUAAUUUUUCAUUUUUACAAACGAACGCCUAUCGUAUAAUUGACGAGAUCGCGAGUAUUUAUUUCUUAUUGAUAAAAAAACUCGGUAAAUAUAAAUAUAUAAUAAAGAUAUGAAAGACUAAGAAAAAUAUAUUUCUACACAAGCUUUGUUAGAUGCUAAUAAUACUAAAGUAAUCGUUUUGGGUUUUAUGUCCAAUCACGUAAGGCAGAGAUAUUUAUAUAUUAGAUUUUUCAACGUGCGUUAAUGUAAAAACAAUGAUUUUUUUUCACCGUUAGUCAAUUAAAAUAGUUUUGUUUUCCUUUAUUUUAUUGCAAAUUGAGUUUCAAUAUGAAGUAGUAUUUUACUCCAUUAUAGAUGAAAUAGGAAGAUUGAAACUCAUUUACAAUGAAUUCGACACGUAUCAUAAUUUUAUUAUUGAAACUCGUGAUGAAAUAAAGUAUUUAAAAGGGAAAUACAGUGUAAGUGUACGGCAUAUUUAAUAAAUAGAAUUUUAUUUCGCAAACUGAAUCAAAAACCGUAAAUAUUGCUAAAUUUUAAGAAAUUCUUGCUUUUAAACGUCAUACCUACUUUUGUAUUGAAUAAAGUUGAAAAACUUUAUCUUGCAUUUUUUAACUUAACAAAAAACAUGCUAUUUACGUGAUUAGCAGUGAUUCUUAAAAUGGCAAGAAUAUGUAAGGCCAUUUCAUUUUAUAUAGAAAAUACAACUUCAUUUAAAUUGGAUUUCAGUUUUCCCGUAGAUUCAAUAUCAAUAUUGUGCAAAGAAAAUUAUUAUACUUACUAAGUGACAAUUAAAUUCUCAUUUUCGUAUUAUAACGAGAGUUCAUUCAACAUUUUUAAUUAUUUUUAUAGUAUGUGUACUUUUAAUAAAAAUUUUCUAAUGAAAAUGCAGGUUGCAAGAAAGCGAAAUUAUCUGUAUUGCGUAUUAUUAAAAGUGCGACUUUGAGUGACAAAUGUUACGUUCUAAGAAUUAUAGUUUAAUUGUACGAUCUAUGCUCUUGUUAUAGAUUGAAUUCGAUAAAAAAGCGAAUGAUGUAAAAUAUUUUGUUAAAAUGCGGAAAUAGUGUUUGCCUCGCAAACUUGCGCGAUUUUUAAAUUGUGACUAUGUCGGUGGAAUGGUAUGAAUAUAUUGUCUAGAACUAUAUUGCGAUGGGAUCAUACGACAAUGCUUCGAUUUUUUUACAAUUCUGAUUUGUAGAUUCGAAGUUUCGUUAUGUUAUGCAAAUCCCGUAAAAAAAUUGAACUAUAAGUAUACUGUUUGUAGAUAAGAAUAUACUAACUAAAUAAAGUAAU